AUGAUUUCACCAAGGAAUUCCGAAUGGAUUCACGCCCUCGCUGGGAGCGCCGACAGCGUUAUCUCCUCCACUUUCUUUUCUUCGCGUAUCCAUCUGUCUAUUCUCUUGGCGAGUUCACAUACCCCGUUCUACCCCCCCCACACCCCCCCACACACCCACACCUCCUGCGGGGUCUCCCCCCAACAGUUUGGUAAGGUGUCGACAUCCCCUGCGGAGUAUGAUUUUAUCGUCGUCGGAGGCGGACCAGCUGGCUCGGUAUUAGCUAGAAGGCUUUCCGACGAACCGAAGAAUCGUGUUCUCUUGCUGGAGGCCGGGAUGCCGAGUCAGUACGAAAUCGGGGGGCAGGACUUCUUGUCGAAUCCGCUGACGCCGUUCGAUAUCCCGCUCAUGUGGUCGAGCGUCUCGCACAUGAAGGAGGAGCACCAGAACGCCCUCGUCGCGAAAGCUCUUGGUGGCUGCGGCAUCCACAACGCCAUGCUCUACGUCCGUGGGCUGGAGUCCGACUUCGCCAAGUGGGACGUGGAAGGGUUCGACUACGCCUCCGCGGUGGAAACCUGGAAAAAGAACGAGAACUACACGGGGCGGGGACCCCUCCCCGAGUGGCACGGACGAGGCGGGCCGAUCGCGACGUCGCCCCCGGACUUUAUAGAUGAGGUGGCCCCCUUUUUUUUGGACAGCUGCGAAGGGGCGGGUAUCAGGUUGACCGAGGAUUUCAAUAAGCCUGGAGGACGGGAAGGAGCGGGAUAUUACCAUUUUGCUGUCCGAGAUGGAGUGCGAGAUAGCGCAGCGAGGGCAAUGCUAGGCGACAUCGUGAUGGGCAGGGACGUCCGCACAAACGUUGACAUUGUGACGGGAGCUCACGUCAGCAAGGUGUUGAUCGAGGAUGCUCAACCGGUGCCGACAGAGUCCGAGGAUGAUGGUGACACCGUGGCGUCACUUUCAGAAGGAAAAGGUGGCCGCACAGUACCAGCGGCGACGGGGGUCGAGUUCGUGCUUGAUGGAAAGGUCGAACAAGUCAAUAUUGCCGCUCCCGGGUCGCACGGGCGCGCGGGAUCGGCUGUUGUCGUGACGGCCGGGGCGCUGCAUACGCCCAAGCUGCUGAUGACAUCCGGAAUCGGGGACAAGGCUGAGUUAGAGGCACAUGGCCUUGGUUGCAUUGCUGAUGUCCCAGAGCUUGGCAAGAAUCUACAGGAUCACGCAAGCGUUGGUGUGAUGUACAUGCUGGGACCCGAUAUUUUGAAGCUUAUGCCUUCGGCCUACACGGUCGCCCAAGAACUGGAGAGAUAUAAAAUGGGGGUGCUCAAGGCGUUCGACCUUGACUUCCCCCCCGGUGUGACGAUCGGAGGAGUUGAUUCUGAUGACCUCACGAACGGGGAACAGAACGCCCCGUCUAUCUUCAGCUCUGCAGGACUCAGUGCGGGAGCGUUCCUCAAGUCCCCGUACGAGUCGCAUCCAGCGGGAUCGAACGAUUCUGCUCCAGACAUUCAGUGUAGUUGUCUGCCCCUAAUUCCAUCCGUUCCUGUCUCCGACUCGUUCUGGCCGAAACAACAGCUGACAGUAUUCCCAAGGGUGACGGAGCCCCACAUUCUCGCCCUCGCGAACAUAAGACCAUCGCCGCAGGCCCCGCCCAUGAUGCUCGUGACGGUCUCCGUGCUGGACCCCGAGGGUCGAUGCGUCGUUCGAUUAAACGAGGAUGACCCGCACCGGGGCAACCCACACAUCGAACGUGACCAGCGGGAGGGGGAGCCCGACCCACUGAGCGAGCUAGACGCGAAGAAGCUGGCGUGGGGGGUGGGGCAAGUACGCAGAAUAGCGCAGACCUCUCCUCUCCUGGAGGAACUCCGGGGAGAGGUUUAUCCUGGCCCCGGGGUGAGCGGUGCCGCCGAUGACACCGCCGGCGAAGACGUCGAUCUGGUGGGCUGGGUCAAGCAGCACGUGUACAGCAACAGCCACUGGUGCGGGACGGCCCGUAUGGGCAAGGCGUCCGAUCCGAAGAGCGUGGUGAACGAGAGGAUGAAGGUAAUCGGUGUCGACAACCUUUUCGUGGGCGAUGCUUCUGUGCUACCCUACAUCCCCAACGGGAACGUGCACUCCACGGUGGUCCUCGUGGCCACGAAGCUGGCUAGUUUCCUGGUAGCCGAUGCUGCCACUGUCCGCAAGGGCAAGGCAGGAGAUCAUCGUGAGUAGGCCGAGUGGUAUUGUGACCCUUACUUGGAGUCCUGAGUGUUUAUAUGAUUGGAUCGGCGGUGGUUCUG